AUUUAUUUUAUUGAAACUUAUCGAUGAAGGCUUAAACAGUGCCUUUCUACUGGUUUUAAAGAGAUCCAUCCUCUACUCCAAACACACAUUCAAAACAUCUUGUCUGUAUUGCCUGUUGAACAUAAGAACUCUACAGCUUUCAUCAAUGGCAGAUGGAUCUCGAACUGAAGCUGAACAACUGAACAAGAGCCCCGAGGAGAAUUCUGGAGAAGAGUCCACUGGAGAAAGAAAUGAACAAGAGCUUCCGGAGAACGAAAAUAGUGAGACCUGGAAGAUUCAUAGGAAUGAAAUCAGCUCAUCUGAAGCCACAGAAGUUGGGGUUUUCGACUUCAACAACGACUAUCGUGCAGGUUAUAUUGAUGGUCUUAAAGCAAGGAGGGCUCGAAACUACGACAUUAAGGGCAAUAAAAUCCAUUCAAACAAAGGCCAGCGUGUGGGGAUUGGCAAAUUUGGCAACAACUACUCCAUGUCGAACGUAUCAUUCUUUCUUGGUGGGCUUAUUAUUCUAGUUUUUGCUAUAUAUAAUAUAUAUAGCGAAGCUAGCGGUACGAACAAGAAGAAAAUAUAAAUAAGAUCAAAAGCUAAGGGUCUGCUGAAUAGACAGGCUGAAAUUUGCAAGAAGAAAACAAAAACUGAGAUGUAUGGUUUGGAGAUUUAUGGCCACCAGAGCUCCUACACUUGAACUUUUCUCUGAAUCUGAAUGUUAUUUGUCUUAUAUUUCUGUAUUUCUUUUCUUCUUCUUCUACAUCCCAUCAAUAUAUUAAUGCUGAAUAAGUUUUUUGUUUCU